GGACGUGCAGCAUCGCUUAGGGUGUGCUCGGCUACAUAGCAACAUACGACGUCACUGUGCGCGUUGUAGGCUUCAUAGCAUACGGUGGAUACAGAGGAUAUAAUAAUUUGAGAUCACUUCUAUGAGUGUCCAGCGUGAGGUACAGUGCUAGACACCAGUAUAGUGACGAUGUGAAAGGAGGUGAUGAUGGGUGAGUGAAGGGAUGCAUUGCUUGCCCGCGGGGCGCUAUGGCUCGGCCUGCUGAGGAUGUGGCGAUGUUUGCUGGGGGUGCUCCUCUUCAUCCCUGGCGUCUAUCCUGGCCCCCGGUACAGCUCCAGGAUUGUCGAGACGGAGAGCGGUCAGAUAAGAGGGAUCAUCCGCGAACUACCCGUGGAGCCAGUGGAGUACUUCCUGGGAGUUCCGUACGCCGCGCCACCUGUAGGGGAGCGUCGUCUGAGGCCACCACGUCCACCACUGGCCUGGAGCGGCACUCGGCUAGCGGACACCCCUGCUCCCUUCUGUCCACAACCCCCGCCACUGCGCGGCCUCAACGCCACGGCAGCGCUGCAGCUCAUGCCCAAGGACCGCUUUCUGCUGCUGAGCAGACUACAGGAGACCCUGGCAGACCAGAGCGAGGACUGUCUUACUCUCAAUAUCUACGUCCCAGCCAGCGGCAGCCGUGGCGAAGACGCCCCUUACGCCAUCAUGGUGUACAUACAUGGAGAGAGCUACGAGUGGGGAGGCGGCCAUGUUUAUGACGUCAGUGUGUGGUCCAGCUUGGGUCACGUGAUCGCUGUAACGGUCAACUACAGACUCGGGCUGCUCGGUUUCCUAAAGCUGCAAGGAAGCUGCUGCCUCGCUCUCCGAGAUAUAGAAGAGGCUCUCUCCUGGCUGAGGCGAAACAUCGCGUCCUUUGGAGGUGACCCUGGCAGAGUGACUCUCGUGGGCCACGACACAGGCGCAGCGCUUAUCAAUGCUCUUCUGCUGUCGGACACUGCAGCCGGUUUGUUCCACCGUGCCAUACUUCUCUCCGGAUCGCUGCUAUGUCCCUGGGCGGUUGCUGCCCGCCCAGACAUUACCACCGCCCACGUCGCCGCCCAGCUAGCCUGUCCUCUAGGACCAGAACUUACAGAGUGCCUCAGACGAACCUCUCUGUCCCGGAUCCUCUCCUUGGACCUCCCAUCUCCCAGGUUUCUAUCGACAUUCGGACCUUGGUUUCCGGGAGACGUCCGUGCUAUUCUGGAUCGCGCAGGUGACACCUUUAUAUCUCGCCCACUCAUGGUUGGCGUUGCCUCCACAGAGAGUUAUCUAGAGUUGAAUAAUCACCAGGUCCAGGAAGGAGUGGAGGAGGAUCAGAGGAAUCGCAUUUUAAGAACUUUCGUCCGAAACACCUUCGUGUAUCAUCUCAACGAGUUGUUCUCUACGGUACGCAAUGAGUACACGGACUGGGACAAGCCCAUCAUACAUCCUAUCAAUCUCCGUGACUCUCUACUAGAGGCGCUCAGUGAUGGGCACACAGUGUCUCCUGUGGUACGUCUAGCCUUAACACACUCCAGGAGAGGAUCUACCACAUACAUGCUACACUUCAACUACCAGACCAAGGAGACUGACUAUAUACAGAGGCUGGGAAGUCUCCGGGGUGAGAUCAUCCCCUACCUGCUGGGGUUCCCGUUGGUGGGGGGAGACCCCUUGUACCCAGCCAAUCACACACAUGCUGACAUAGCCGUCUCGGAACAUCUGCUGACGCUGGCCACCAGAUUUGCACGGACAGGGGACCCUAACAGAGCAGUUAGAGGGAAAGGAGGCUCAGAUAUAUCAAGAUCAAGAGAUGAUCAUCACCAUGGCCUGCACUGGGAUACCUACAACCCCAACACACAACUAUAUCUGAGUCUAGGUACGAGGAGUCGAAUGCGCAGUCACUACCGAGGACACAAGAUGUCUGUAUGGCUCAACCUCAUUCCUCAGCUUCACAGGCCAGGAGACAGAGAUGUGGCUAUGAGACAUCACCACUUCCAGGAACGAGACCAUCGCCAUUAUGAUGGAGCGGUAAGGCCAGAGACAUUGACUCAUAUUACAACCCCAUCAACUACAACCUUGAUGGCGGAGAAGGAGGAUUGUGAAAACACUACAGACGAGGAGGGUCAACCUCAGCCAAGCACUGAGGACCGCAACACCCCAGUUCCUCUGGCUCCUGAGACAGCUCCAACACAAGAUAAGUCAGGAGUAGGAGCAACUGUGGUAGUCGGUGUGAUGUUGUCAAUCCUGAAUGCUGCUGUGAUUUCUGCUACUCUCUGGCUGCGGCGACGUCAACACCAGGCGAGGAUGUCGAGGAAACUUGAAGAGUUGGGAACUAUGAGUGUGGCAACCUUCUCUAGAAACGUGCCUCCAGCCACUCCAGUCAGGACGUCUAGCUUGGGACAUCGAACUCCUUUGGACGACGAGAUAUCAGUCUGAUCAUGUUCAUCAUUACUUGUAACCACUUACAAAGCAAGCAAUCCAAUAUGGAUAUGCGUAAAGUAGUUAAAAUCGGUGUGAAGGUGUGAUCAUAUUUUUACGGGACCCGGGUCAAGUUAAGACAAGAAAAGCAUUCACAGAUGUAAUUUUUUGUUGCACACCAUAACCAUUUCUUGUAAUACAUUUUACAGAAAUAUAUAUUCUAGUAGUCUCCAUAUGUAAAUACUUGUAAAUAAAAACAAGAGCAACUGGAGAUACCGUAACGAUGGACGGUCAUUGUAAACGUAUCAUUUAUGUGAACAGUUAGGUGAUUUUGUAUAGUAAAAUAUGUAUACAAUAAAUUAUAAGUGAUUUUAUAAUCAUAAGAAGGUGAACUUACCAGUUGUACGUCACUCUU